GGUGUCGCUCUGCCCUGUGUGACUUUUUUAUUGACCCUCCACACGGUAUAGGGUCGAGUCCAAACAGAGCCGUUGAUGGCCCCAAAUCAGCAGUUCUCAACCAGGGGGCGACUUUCCCCUAGGGAGGCGUUUGGCAGGGGACAUUUUUGUCCCAAGUUGGGGGCUGCCACUGGCAUCUAGUGGGUAGAGGCAAGGAUGCUGUCAGCAUCCUCCAGUGCACAGGACGGCCGCUGCAACACAGAAUUAGUGGUCUGAAAUGUCCGUUGUGCCAAGGUUCGGGAAGCCUGUUCCGGGUGAUGAGGUCGGACAAAGAUGCUGAUUAUUUCUGCACUGUGAGGUCCUGAGUCAUGUCCGUUUUGCUGCCUCUCCCCCGAACCCAUGACCAUUACAUCUCUAACACCUCUACCACUGUCUCUGGCACACGGUCGCUGCUCAGUAACGACCUGUGGAACAUUGUUGAUGGCAGCCCUCCCGUCUGGUGGGCACUUUGCUAUCACAGACCGUGCUGUCGUGUACCUCCUAGACCUACAUCUUUGUGCCUAUGUUUCUUAUGGAAUCCAGGAAGCGGAGUUGCUGUGUCAAAAAGCGUGUGCAUUAAAAAUUUUUUUAAGAUUUAUUUAUUUAUUUUAGAGAGCGCACACAAGUGGGAGGAGGGGCAGAGGGAGAGGGAGAGAGACUCUGAAGCAGACUGCCCACUGAGCGUGGAGCCCAGUGAGCUCGAUGCCAUAACGCUGAGAUCACAACCGGAGCUGAAAUGAAGUGUCAGAUGCUCAACUGACUGAGCCACCCUGGCUCCCCUAAGAUUUUGCUAGAUGUUAAAAAGUUGUUGAAGCAACUGGAAGCCAUAUGUGUCAAGGUAACAUCUGGAGAAAUGAAAGGUCAGCAAAGGCCAGUGCCCCCACUGGCCACCAUCCAGCCCAAGCCAGCCAGGCUGAGCCAGCUGCCCGCGAGGCCUUCCAGGGUGAUGGGGUUCCGGGUGCAGCCCGUGCUGAGCACCGGGCCCCAGCCGCGCUUCCUGAGCAGCUCAUCCCCCAUUCAGGUGUUUGUGCAGGGGCCCCUGCCUGCCCUCCAGCCCCUGGCUCCAAAUGGACAGGGUGCCCCGCUGGUCCCCUUGUCAGCUUCUCACCCACCAGCAGCAACAUCUGUGUCAUCCAGUUCAGCAAAUUUAUUUAUUUCCAGCUUGCACACAAAACACACUGAGAAACUAAAAAAGUCCUUAAAAGUGAAAACACGUUCUGGACGGAUAUCUCGACCUCCCAAGUAUAAAGCUAAAGAUUAUAAAUUCAUAAAAACGGAGGAUUUGGCUGACGGUCACUUGUCAGAUUCUGACGAUUACUCAGAACUGAGUGUGGAAGAAGAUGAAGAACAGAGGGAAAAGCAGGUGCUCUUUGACUUGUCCAGCUGCUCCCUGAGGCCCAAGAGUUUUAAGUGUCAGACGUGUGAAAAAUCCUACAUUGGGAAGGGGGGCCUGGCCAGGCAUCUUAAACUGAAUCCAGGCCACGGCCAGCUGGAGCCUGAAGAGUUGCUGUCUGAGAAAGCCAACGGGAGCGCGACUCGAGGCUGCGCGGAGGGCAGGACUGCUAGCCUGACGUCACCGGGGCCGUCCACACCAGCCCUUCUACGUGAGCACAGGGCCCAGUCUCCGCGGGCUGGCCUGCAGAAUAGCCAGUCUCUAGAAGUUGAAGAGGCCUUGGUAUCCGAACUAGAAAACGGAAGUUAUUCAGCCCUUUUGGGAUCAGAGGGACACCCAGGCCCUAGAAGGAGUGACUCGUCCACAGCCCCGGCGGAGGCCAGCACAGCCGUCCUGGGGCGGAGCGGAGCGGCUCACCCGCCUGGGGGUGCCCGUGCGGCAGGCGCGCAGAGCCCUUCGAGGGCUAGAGCCAGGCUCAAGGAGUUUCUGCACCAGUGUGACCGAGACGCUCUAGUGGAGUUGGCGCUGCCUCAGCUGGCUCAGGUUGUGACCGUGUACGAGUUUCUGCUGAUGAAGGUUGAAACAGGUCAUCUAGCAAAACCUUUGUUCCCAGCUGUGUAUAAGGAAUUUGAAGAGUUGCAUAAAAUGGUUAAGAAAAUGUGUCAAGAUUACCUCAGUGGUUCUGGUCUGUGUUCCCAGGAGCCUCUGGAAAUAAGCAACAAUAAGGUGGCCGAGUCUUUGGGAAUCACAGAAUUCCUGAGGAAAGCAGAGGCACACCCAGAGUGCGGCCCAGCCGAGCGCACCAGCGGGCGGCCGGGCCGGGCCGAGCUGGACGAAGCCAGCCAGCAGAAGCGGGGAAACGAGACUGCAGAGGAGGGCCUGGCCUGGGUGAAGAGGACCAGAAGAGACGCCCCGCCCCGGGACACCCCUGAGCCUUCUGCCGACCGCGGAGGCCCGCAGAAGCCUGCCCCCUGCGCCCCAGCCGCCAGUGAGGGUUGUGCCCAUCAUGUAAGUGGGAACACUGCUCACCACUCUGAAGAAAGCCACACGAUGCCGGUUUCUGAGAGUGACAGAAGCGUGUUGCAUGCAGGCCAGCAGCUUAAAGCACUUGCUGACUUAGAGGCCAAGAGUGGGUCUGUAGCUCCUGCUUUCUCGUAUCAGCAUGUCAGUGGGCCGAGCCUUUGUCCUCAGUCAGGAGAGCCCGGGACGCGGACGCAGGGACAGGUGGCAGCAUUCCCUGAGGAGAAUGUUCUGGAACACUCUGUAGCCUGGAACUCGGGGGACAACCGGAGGAGCCGGGCUCUCUGCAGCACCUUGACAUCCACUGGAGGAGAGGACUCCCUGCCGCCUUCUGGGUCUCGAAACCUCGAGAUGCAGGACUCCCAGCAGAAAGGCCAGCAGACCAGCCCCAGCCACAUCCCGCUUACAGAGGAUGCAGGCCCUCGGCUGGUGAGGGUUUUGUCCGUGGACACGGUGCCGGCUGACUGCGCGCACAGGACCGUGCGGGAGCUGGGGCCUCAGCUGGGCCAGGCGGGGUCGCUGUCCACUGAUGGGGGUCAGGGAAGCUGUGUGGGGGACUCGGGCGCCUUCCCCAGCGGGCCCGAGGCCCAUGCUGACCCGCGAGGACUGGCGAGUAUUGUUGCUGUUGGUGAAGCCGUGGCUUUUGAAAUUACCAACGGGUGCCGCGAGUUGUCGUCUCAGGGACAAGAACCGCUAUUUAUUCAGACCUCCGAUGGGCUGAUCUUGCCCCAUCCGGGUUCCCUAGUGCCUGGGGACGGGGACCUCGUCCUGGUGGCUGGUGAGGAGGGGCCCACCGUGCACACAGGACCCCGGGAAGGGGCUCCCCAGGAAAGUACAGAGGCAGAGGCCGCACAGUGAAGUCAGACUGCGGUCCCGGACACGUGGGUAUUUUAGCCAGAGAAGGUCUAUUGGAAGUCAUGUAUAUUUUUUUAUUGUGAAUACUGACACAAACGAACGGCUUAUUUAUAAAGGAUAACGUCUUUCUACUUGACUGUC